CCGCCCCACUCUGCAUAGCAACACACAUCAAAGUUGCUGGUGAACACAGCAGGCCAGACAGCAUCUGUAGGAAGCGGUACAGUCGACGUUUCAGGCCGAGACCCUUCGUCAGGACUAACUGAAGGAAGAAAGUUACAGAGAAUUUUAAUAAAUUUUCCAAAAACCAGUAAGUUAAAAGGGAGCAAGAGAUCCAGGGACCCAGCAAGUCCAAAGGGAGCACAGAAUCAGAGCACUGGUGAAUGGGAGAGAGCAGCGACCAGGUCUCCGGUGAAUGGGAACAAGAUCACCAGUGAUCUGGACUGAAAAAGCAUCACCAAUGUUUUCACGAGGAAAUCUGCAGAUGCUGGAAAUUCAAGCAACACACACAAAAUGCUGGUGGAACGCAGCAGGCCAGGCAGCAUCUGCAGGAAGAGGUACAGUCGACGUCUCGGGCCGAGACCCUGCGUCAGGACUAACUGAAAGAAGAGAUAGUAACCAUGGACAAAUUUACACAUCUCCUCCUGCUCCUCCUGAACACAGGACUCCUCACUGCCUGUCCCAAGAAAUGUUCCUGCUAUUCUAAAGCAGUUGACUGCCGCAGUGUCUCUCUGCUGAAUUUUCCACCUGACAUUGACCAUGGAACAGAAACAUUAUACCUGGAUGAAAACUCUUUGAUCAGAAUCCCUCAGAAUGCUUUUAAAAACCUCACAAACCUAAGCUACCUUGGUUUAUCAAGAAAUUGCCUCCUCCUUCACAACUACACGUUUGAUUUUCUGCUUGAACUCCAAGCUUUGGACUUGUCUGCCAACUACCUGUUGGAGAUACAAGUGGACCUGUUUGGAAACCUUCCAAACCUCACCUGGUUAAACCUGGCCAAUAACAAAUUUAAAACUCUCCCUGUGAUGAGGCGUCAUGAGAAACUGACUUACCUAGAUUUAUCCAACAAUGAACUCACGGUGCUCCAGAGAACAUUCAACAACUUCCCUCGGCUGGACACCCUGCUUCUCAACAAUAACAGACUGCAAACACUCCCAUCAACACUGUUACACUCACUACAUCUCCUCGAUGUUCUGGACUUGUCCAACAAUGAGCUAAGCUCCCUCCCUCUCCAACUCUUCAAGAACCAUCGCAAGCUGACCGAUCUGCGUCUGGACCACAACAAGUUAAAGAAUCUCACAGCAUCUUUGUUCAGCCAUCAGGUUAAUUUACAGUACCUAACCAUCUCUGGGAACUUCAUUACCAGUCUCUCACCUCAUAUAUUUGCUAAUUUGACCAAAAUAUUGAUGCUUGACUUAUCUAACAACUCAUUGACCUGUCUACCAAAAAUCCUCAUCUCUGGUCUGAAAGCACUGCAAACAUUGAAGCUCUCUGAUAAUCUUAUUAAUGAACUGAAGAGUGAAACAUUCAGACAUAACCCUAACCUAACAUUCCUGUACCUGGACAACAACCAGCUCAGCAGCCUUCCAGUAUUUGAAGGACUAACACAUCUGGAAGAGCUGACUUGUUCCUUUAAUAAGCUCAUUGGCUUUCCAAGAGGAUUUGCUGAGAAUCUCCUAAAGUUGAAGUGUCUGCUGGUCACCAACAACCUCAUUAGGCAAUGGGACCCUGAGAUGUUCCAAAACAUUACCUCGGUCCUCUUGAAGGACAAUCCAGUCUGUUCCGAGGCAAUGGCAGCACCUGUCCAAUCCACACACAUUGACUGCAGGAAGGAGCAGUGCUCCUCAGUGUGAGAUGGAAAUAACAUUUACAGAAGGUGUCAGUGAUUUACUAAUGCACGGAGAUAACUGGUGAGAUAGGUGAGAUUUAAGAGAAGUUAUUAAAUUCCAUCCAUGUACUAUAUUGGUUCAGUUUAAUACCCACCUCCCUCAACAUUUCACAAGUCCUUUUGGUUGGUGUGGCACGGUAGCACGGUGUUUGGCAUAACUCUUUACAGUGCCAGUGAUCAGAAGAUUGGGGUUCAAUUCCCGCGGCUGUCUGUAAGGAGUUUGUAUGUUCUCACUGUGACCACGUGUAUUUCCUCCAGGUGCUCUGGCUUCUUCCCACAUUCCAGAGACGUAGGGGUUAGAUGUUGUGGACAUGCUGUGUUGGCACCAGAAGCACGCUGACACACGUGGGCUGUCCCCAGCACAUCCUCACACUGUACUGGUCAUUGACACAAAAAAAUUAACCAUGUUUCAAUAUAUAAAUAAAGUUCAUCUCUACUCUUUAAGAAUUAGGGAAGUAAUAGACUUUUUUUGCAAAAGGCCUGUUCAAAAUGAAAAAAAAAACAAUUUCUCUACAGCAUCAUGAAGGAGUCGCAGCAACAUUUUGUCAAUCAACUCAUCCCAUUGGAGAUAUAAUUUGGUUGCAAAGGCUGGUCCAUAACAACAUACCUUUUCCUCAACAUGGGACAGUGGGGGCAACUACAGCAAAACCUUAUGUUUGUGGGUCACCUUCAUGGGAGAGCCAAGGAUCACAUUUAGGGGGCAGUGGGGCUAGUGACCCUGGGCUGUGAGCUAAGUUCUAGAAAAGACAGAGCGAAAGGUUUGACACAAUGAACUCUACUAAUCAGAGACCAUUUAGACCUGGGGAUGAUCAGAAAAUCUGAACCAAAGGAGCAAGGAGUUGGAGUAUGGCUGGAGCAUACAUGGUACAAUGGGUCAUCCACACCUUCACUUCCAAAGCCUUUCCAUUGUAGGGUCUGACCAAAGGGGAAAGAGAUCU